AUGCCGGAACGUCCCGUACAGACCCUGGUGGCCAGUCGUGCAGGGGACGUACCGCUCGUGAACACCCCUGAGCGUACCCAUGCUCGACGCAGCUUGGUCCCACCACCUACACCUGCGUCAAGACAAACAGAGCAGCUCCAUCUUCGCCAGCAGCUCGAACUUCAGCAAACCCAGCUUCAGCAACAACAGCAACAACUGCAACUCUAGCUUCAACUACAGUAGCUUCAGAUCCAGCGGCAGCAACUGACGCAUUCAAGACAGUCCCCAGUAGUGCAACCAACCGUAUCGCGAUUCGCAGCUUUUGUUGAAUGAGACUGCUGUCAUCGACGUGAAGGCACUGUGUGCACAAGCUGAACUGGAACUUGAUCUAGAUCUGUUUGUCAUGAGACGUCAGCAACGCAAAGAGGUCUGGAACUUUGCCCGACUCAUUCGAAGUGAGGGGUACUGGGAGAUUGACAUAGAUAAAUUGGAUAACGAUCAUGCUAAGCUGGCGUACUGCCUUCUCUGCAAAAUUACAAUCCGAUUUCGAGUAGGCAAGUCAAAACUGCCGCAGCAUAUGGAUGCCUACCACUCGUUUGAGUCGGCGGCGUAUCUGGCCCAGGCUGAGCAGUUACGGCGCGGUAAGGGUGCCCCUAUCAGUCGCAAUAUCGCGAAUACAUUUGCUGAAGUCGCUGACAGGGGCAAGAAGCACCCCCUUCGAGAAAGCACUACUGAGCAGAAACGACGUGU